AUGUAUAGUUAAACAUAUGGAAAAUAAUAAGCAACCAAGACUGCAAAAUUGAAAUUCUUUUGUUAAAUGUGUAGAAAAUAAUGUUAUGAUGAAAAUGGAUUUCGUUGUCAUUUAAACUCAGGUCAUCAUAUGAAAAUGAUGCGGCUUUAUAAUGAAGAUCCUGACUUUUAUAUUGAAUAAUUUAGUUAAGAAUUUGAAACAGCUUUUAUGGAGAUAUUAAAAGAAAAAUAUAAAGAUUAAAAGAUCGGCUCCAAUAAAGUUUACGAAGAUAUGAUUAGAAAAGUAGAUCAUGUACAUUUAAAUGGAACAAAAUGGACUAAAUUAGCAGAUUUCAUUUAAUAUUUGAUUUCAAAUAAUAAAAUUGGGUUCGAUCAUUCUCAAGGAGAUAUUGUAAUUUGGAAUCUGAAUUUCAACCCAGAAAAAAUAAAAUAUGAUAAAGUAGAAACAAAAAAAGUUAAGUUAGUUGAAAAAUAAAAUGCUUUAAUUGAUAAAUCAUUAGAAAAGCAGAUCAUUAAAGGAUAAAAACUAAAUGAAUAAGAUACUGAUAAUUAAGAAUCUGUGGAUUUAAAAUUUUCAGAAUAAAAAAUUAAUAACAAUUAAAUUGAAGCAUAGCCAUAAGAAUAAUUUAUAUCAUUUGAUAUAACUUUCAAUUAGGGGAAUAAAAAAGACAGUCAAAUUGUUUUGGAUGUUGAGAAUUAAGGAAAUAAAUAGUGGAUAGAAGAAAGUCUUCUUAAAUAAUAAGGUUUGAAGGAAAAUAUGGAGAAAUUAUAUUAAAAUAUCAAGUAUAAAAAUAAUUAAAACACAGUAAGCUAGCCCUUGUAAAUACCAGAAUAAGUUGCCGAUGAUUUUCCAUGGAUUAAAGAAAACAUUUUUGUAAAAAUUAUAGAUAAAUAAUUAAACAAUGGAAAAUACUAUGGAAAGAAAGGAAUUGUUAAAAGAGUUAUUGAUUAAUUUGGUGGGUUAAUUGAAAUUUAAAGUAGUACUAAAGAAAAAGUUAUUAUUGAUUAGAAAUUCCUUUAAACAGUCAUACCUAAGAUUGGAAACUUAGUAAUGAUUUUGAAGGAAGGACAGCAUAGAGGAAAAAUAGGAAAACUUGAAAGUAUUCACUAAGACAACUAUAGUGGAAGUGUAUAUUUAGAAAAUGAAAAUAUUCUUUUAGAAAUGCCUUUUGAUUUAUUUAGUAAAAUUAAUUAAGAAUGA